AUGUAUUCGAAGUAUUUUUCCACCAUGGGUUGGCAGAUCGAGGUGAUUGAGGAAACUCCCGGCACUGUAGGUGGUUACUCCAAAUUGAUCCUGGAGGUGUUGGGAGAUGAUGUGUAUGGCAGGCUCAAAUUUGAGUCGGGGGCACACCGUGUGCAACGCAUACCCGAUACAGAAGCCAAAGGCCGUGUACAUACAUCGGCUGCUACUGUGGUGGUAUUGCCAAAGCUUGAGGUGGAGGAUAUUGAUAUCAAGAAAGACGACCUGCGUGUAGAUACUUUCCGCGCAAGUGGUGCCGGUGGUCAGCACGUAAACAAGACCGAAUCGGGUGUUCGUUUUACACACAUCCCUACGGGUGUAGUGGCGGAGUCAACAGAAAGCCGUUCGCAACAUAAAAACCGUGAAAUCGCUUUCAACCGAAUGGCUAUGCGCAUCAGGGAAAUACAAGAGGAAAUGCACAACAGCACCAUGACUUCGGCAAGAAAAUCGCUCGUAGGCUCGGGCGAUCGCAGUGAAAAGAUACGUACCUACAAUUAUCCACAAAAUCGUGUAACCGAUCACCGAUUGGAAGGCGACAAUAAAAACUACAAUCUUGAUAAAGUAAUUGAAGGCGAAUUGGGCGGCAUCAUAGAGGCGCUGCAAAUCAUGGAAAAUACUGAAAAGAUGAAAGGCGAAACCAUAGAAGGAUAA